AUGCUACUAAGCGGGGCUUCAAUCGUGAAGCAGGGCAUAGUGCGCAACCUACAAUCUGCUACGCAACAGCUGCAACCAUGUGGAGUCGAUCUCUCUCUACGCCGUGUCUUCAAAUGGACCUCACCUGCCAUAAUCGACUCUGACAAUUCGAAUCGACAAGCUGCCAAUACCUCCGAGCUACGCUUUGACAAGGAAACCGAGGCUAUCAAACUACGCCAAGGGGCAUAUCUCGUUGAGUUCAACGAAACUGUCUCUGUCCCAUUGGACUAA